AUGGCGGGACCCGGGCAGGCGGGCAUGCUCGCUCUGCCCUCCGUCCAGGUGAACGCUACCAGCCCGAUUAUCAGGAUUGAUGAGAUCUUGAAGGUGGACGACAAGACCGCGAAGGACGACUACGACGACGUGCAGGAGGACAUGAAAGAGGGCUGCGGUGCGCACGGAAAGCUGCUCGGCGUGCUCAUCAUCAGGCCUGAGCAUGCCAACAGCAGGCCGGGCCUCAAGGUGGGCGACUGCUUCCUCAACUGCGCCACCACGGACGACGCGACCAAGAUCAUGCGGGCGAUGGGUCACCGAAAGUACGACAGCAGGCAGAUCCAGAUGACCUCCUUCGACGAGGCCAAGUUCAACACCGAGCUCAAGGUGCUCAUGUGA